AUUGUGGAGAAGCGUUCGAAAACGAGGAUCACCUAGCACCAGCACAGUGCGCAAACUUUGUUUCUUACGGAUCAACAGCAACACAUCUCCAAAAUGUUUGCGAGAACAGCGUGGAUCGCUGUGACAGUAAUCGCGCUAUUUUGCGUUUAUACUUCCGCACAACUCGUAUCACAGGUUUGUUUAGGUUGUAUAUGUGAAGUUAGCUCAGGAUGUAACACCACUAUCGGAUGUUCCGAAUCUGUAUGUGGACCCUUUGCCAUAACGUGGGGAUACUGGGCCGAUGCUGGCAAACCAACUUUACAAGGCGAGCCGCUCAGCAACGAUGCUUAUGCUAGAUGCGUCAACGAUCCCUACUGUGCUGCUGAUGCGGUGCAAAAUUAUAUGGCUAAAUUCGGUCACGACUGCACCGGAAAUGGAAAGGUUGACUGUGAAGAUUAUGUGCGUAUUCAUCAACUUGGCGCAAACGGUUGCACCGGCGCACUAAACAGCAAAUAUGAAAAUAAGUUCAAGUUAUGUUUACGAACCUUCCAAAGGCAAUAAUAUGCAUAAUGUGUUUUGCUAUCACCUAAUAACAAUCCAUAAUUAUCAUGAUAUACAUGUAUAAGUUUAUUUUUCCAUGAAGUUUUAUCUUAUACCUUUAUCAAAUAAGUGAGAUACAGUUACUCAUUCUUAUUAGCAGGACAUCUCCACCUUUAAUGUAAAUGUAGUAGAUAUAAUUUUGUCUAUUAAGAUUUGAUAUAUUAUAAAAUAAAUAUUUUAACAAGAAAAA